GUUCGACCGACAGAUAUUCGACAAGUAAGAUGGCGGCGAUUAAUGUGAAAGGCGAAACGUUGUCGUAUUUCCACUUGUAAAUAAAGUUAUUGGUUUGUUGAAAUAUUAUUAUCAAUAUAGCGACAACAGAAGACUUAAUAUUGUAUAGUGUUAAACAGGAAGUGAUCUGUUGUGAAAAACGUGAGACUUGAAUUGCUUUUCAUUUCACAAUAGACAAAACCCGUCGCAACGAGCACUCGACUAGUCGAGGCCAUAUUUAUGAUGUUAUCUGUCGUGUGAGCGUCCUCCGAAACCACAUUGAUAAAUGGUUGUGGAAAACUAAGGCGAUGGAGUGUUUUCUAUACAAGAAGAGUAUGUAAAUACAAAAUGAGUUCCAGUGUUCCAAAAUAGUGCUAGUAACUAUACAAACAGAUUGUGUUACAAACUAUGGAUAAAAGUGUGGACUUCUAUUGACAUAUUACAUACAUUGACAUUUGAGCAACACGGAGGUGGUAAUGGAUCCAGUAGGACCAUGGUCAGCAUAUUCAUACAAUCGGUUAGCAGGGGUUCAGGCUGGUGCUGCAAGUGGGGAUUUUCAUCACCACCUAGCAAGUGGUGGCUCUGGAUUAGGCAGCCAAUCUGUGCCAUCAACUACAAGUCAGUUGCUUCUCCAAGCAGCUCAUACAACAGCAUCAUUAGCAGGACAACUUGGCUCAUCAACUGCUUCACCUUUCAAUCCUGCUGGUUUUUUGUCUCCACCAGCAGUAGGGUAUGACGCAGUGUUUUCACCACUCUUUCAUCAUGCAAACCCCAAACCUGCACACUAUAGUUCUUCUCUUCAAGCGCAGCAUCGCCAAGUUAUAGCUCAAGCUCAGGCUGCAGUUGCCUCCAAGCAAUCUUCAGUAGAAUCUGAACUAUCAAGCUUAAGAGAAAAUUAUUCACAUCAAACAUUGGCAGCACAAGGAACAUCAUUCUUUGAUCAAUCAUCAACUCCAGGUGGUACUACAGGAUUGAGUUGGCAAGGAAAUAAUCAACUGCCAAGUCCAUUUGGAAUUUUACCUCAUGAAAGUGUUGUACCUUCAUCUCCAAGUCCAGCAACAACAAAAGCAUCCGCAACAUAUGAAAACUUCAAUGCACAUUUUGCUGCAGCACAAACUUUAAAUAAUCAUCUGAAUUCUCAAAUUUCAAGUACUGGUAAACAAACAAACAGAUCUGGUUCACCGGCAACUGCAUCCAAACAACCAGCAACCUCAACAUCAUCAACCUUUUUCCAAUCUCCAUCAUCUUUUGGAAAUCAGACUGAUAAUUCAUAUAGUACAAGCAGUGCAAAAAGUGGUCAACUUGCAUCACAACAGGAUUAUGCAGGAAGUAAGUCCUAUUCAAGUUCUGCAAGUUCAACUGCUCAUUCCCAGCAAUCGUGUAUAGUGUCAACUCCACCAGUCACCUCUUCCUCAACUCCACCCAGUAAAGACUACCGAUCUUCUUCUAGUACCACACCCAGGCCAUCAGCUUCUAUUUACAAUUCUCAAUCACCUAAAACUUCAAGUAGUGAAAAGCCAUCUAGACAAAUCACUAAUAGCAUAAGCAAUUUUGUGUCUCCUACAGUCAAAGCACCUCAAGUACAGACAAAAGCUCAAAGUAAAAUAUAUCCAGAAUUAAGUAGUGAACAAAGAAAAAGUUGUGAUUCUAAUGAAAAAGUUCAGCCUCAGUCAUCCCCAAUAAGUUACUCUAUUAUGGAUGCCCCAGGUAGACUAAAUUAUAGUAGCAGUACUGGAAGUUCUUCAAAAUCAAAUAGGAUUAAUAGUUCACAGUAUUCCAGCACACAAAGUUCUAGUUUUAGACAUUAUCAAAGUGGAAAUAAUAUAGAAUCUGAUUAUCAUGUAAGAGCUAAAAGUAGUUCAAGUACAGAUACGGGUUAUUCAAGUAGUAGUUCUCAAAAUGGCCCAGAUUGUGGUGUUGUUGUGCCAAGGAGACAGAGUCCCUCCCAAGCUGCACCUCAAACUUCUCCUCUGGACCAUGGGUCUAGUCCUGCUUAUCCAAUGUAUCACAGUCCUAUGAACUCAAUCAAUUCUCCCCAACCACACGGUGAUCAUUACAAUAAAGUUAAUAGUACUGCACCUCGAUCUCCAUUAGAUGCAUCUGUCACACGUUCUCCAUCUCAAAACACCCAAGUAGCUUAUCCUUCUGUAAUAACUAGGGCCUUAGGACUUGAACAAAAUAAAACUUACAGUGAAAGCAGAUAUGAACGAAAUCAAACCCAAUCAACUGGUCAAAGUUGUUGGGAAGGUGACCGACAAGGUCCUAGGAAAUAUUCUAGUAAUAGCAGUAGUAAUAGUUACAAUAAUGGUGUAACAGAAAGUAAUACUCAUAAUGACGAAUCUGUUCCUCAGAAUCAAUCUUCCAGUAGGGUGCUAAAUUUACCAGAUAAACAAAACUAUUUUGAUGGUAAUAAUGUAGCUUUACAAGAUCUCUCUAGUUGCCGGGGAGAUCCUAUGAGUAUAGUCAAAAACUUGCAAAGUUUACAACAAAGUUGUCAAUUACAAGAAGUUAAAUCCAGCAAAAGUCAACCACCAGUAACAGUUCCCCCAGCACCUAACAAACUACCUUCAAGAAGAAAGAGUGUGGAGAAACCUACUCCUCAUGCAAAUAUGAAUGAAUUAUCAAAUGUUGUUAUGGCUGAUUAUUUGGCAAAUAGAAUCCCCCCACCUGCACAUAGUUCCACUAGCAAUCAGCAGCAAAAUGGUAGCUAUUUCGAUUUUGAGAGGUGGAAUCUGCCUCCCCCUCCACCUAAAAUGUUCCCUGGUACUUCAGCAUUCGGUUCACAAGCUCCUUUACAUGCAACUAAUUUUACGAAUCAACAUCAAGCACUAGCCAUGCCUCAUGGACACACAUUAACUUACUUCCCACCCUUCCACAUUGGUCCUCAUCCUGAUUUCCAAUCGUCUGUGGAGUUAACACCACUUUCGUCUUUUAGCGAAACUCCACCUUCGGCUUCCUCAUCAUCUUUUUCGACGCCUGAAACACGUGAAGAGGAACAGCCUAAGGUGGUAGUACCUAAUAUAGAGGAAGAACUUGGUUUCCUUGCAGAACAACGGGCAAAUACUGCAUCAUCGGUAGCACCCUCUUCACAGCAGCAGAACAUUAACAGCACUUCACAAGACGCUACUUCAAAAAUUAUGGAUAAAAAAUUUAAUGUUCCUGUCACGGGUCCCGGCUCAGGUUUCAUGGCUUCUUACUUGAAAUUUUUACAAGGAGAGCGUGAUACCUCUCCUCCGCCGGCCGGCAGGGGCGCUAGAAAAUCUACGUGGUCGAGAACUAAUACAAAUAAUGCAACAAAUAAUAAGCCUUACACACCAAAUGAUCAUAACAAAAGUCAGUGUGAUACAAAUGUCUCACAGCAAAGUGCCAAUGGAGCCAUGGCGUCAACAAACGUAAUAAACGCAGGUAUGUCACUGAGUAAUCCAGUCAUGAGCUCCUCUGCGAGUAUGAGUGCAACAGGCUUGUUGGGUGCUAAUCAAUUACAUGGGGCAUCGAGUCUCCUUACCUCACAAACAAAAGAAUUAGAGGAUCCUCGAUAUUAUAAUUUAAAUAAGGAUAGAAAACGAAAAUAUGACGGCAGCGAGGAGACUGCCUACGACGCAGAGGAAGAAGCGAGAAGGCUUAACAAGCCAGUUCUCAAUGUGCCUAGUACACCUCUGAAUGACAAAGGGAAGAACAAAGGUCGAACAAGUAUGAAUAAGCCAACGCCAUCGGCGGUAGUGGCGCCUCAGCCGGCCGCGCCUAAGAAGCCACGACCUCCUGCGCCGCCGCCCGUGACGCUACAAGCAGCUCCACAGCAACAAUAUUAUUACCAACACCAGCCCGACGAAGUUACAGCACAUGGUGCUAACAUGGGUUAUGGUUUGUAUGGGGCAACAGACGACAAUAAGGCAAACAGAAAUAUGCAACAUAAUAUAAAAUCUCACCAUCAAGUUUCCAGUAGUGGCCAAGUAGACAACACAAGACAGAUAGAAGAAAUGCCCUAUCAGUCUGGUGAAUUUAUAGCAUUAAAAACCGAAUUGAAUGACAUGUGGCCAGCAAUUUGGAGGGUCGAUGGCAAAACGUUAUUACAAAAAUACGAACCGUUUGAAGAAAAUGGGAAAGUGUUAUAUCGUAAUAUAUCUACAUAUACAGUAUGGAAUCCGGAGAACAAAAAAUUAUAUACGCAAGUCCCUGUCAAAGUAAGAUCACAAACACAUUUGGAAACAAUAGUCGAAUUAAUUAGAAGUGAACUGCCAGCUGAUGAUUGUGGCUUUAUCGAAAAAAGAAUGUUGGAAACGCAAAUGUACCAGGAAAACUUUGAAGUGUAUAUCCAGACAUUAAUAUCACACGCUUUGGAUCCUAAUUUUCUAACAGAAAUAUUUCAAGAACAAGAUGAAUACUUUCUGUCAAACGUGAAGACGGUGGACGAGGUGACGGAGAGCAUGCGCGCGCGCGUGUCGGGCGGCGCGGCGGGCGGAGCGGGCGCGGCCGGCGGCGCGCGCGCACUGGACGCCGCCGUGGGCACGUGGCCCGGCCUCAGCGUGGCGGCCGGCGCCGGCACGUGCCGCGCCUGCGCGCGCGCCGCCGUGGCUCGCCUCUUGCUCUACGGUCAGCCCUAUAACCCCGCAACGUUAGAACCCGUCCAGCCCGACGCCCGCCUCGCCUACGAAAAGGAAUUCCUCGUUUGUGCGACGUGUUGUAGUCGAGUACAACUUUAUUCGAGGAUAUCACAUCAAAAGUAUCUAAUGUAUGCAGAGUGCAGUAAACGAGUAGCCGAAAAAAGAAUGCAAAAUCCUAGCAAAGACACAACUGUGAUCCUGAACGAAUUGUUAGCUGAUGAAGUAUGGCUUUCACAAUUGUUCCGCGACGUGCGGCACUCGUGGGCGGAGGCGGAGGCGUGGGAGCGCAAGUUGCGGCACGCCAUGUCGCGACAGAUGAUAUAACGGCGGCAUGAGCCCGCGAAACCUCAGCCUCUAGUAAAUAUCGCGUAAGGACAAUAUUUUCAUUUCAAUUUUAUACAUGUGAAAACGUGCUGUAUGUAUGUAUUUUUUGUAUCUUAUAUUUUUUAGCAUUUAAUAAGAAUAUUCCAAAUUGUAUCUUGACAGAAUCUUUUCCUGUUUUUGAAAGAAGAUUGUUAACAUUUCGUCGAUUGGCUGUUACUUAGUAUUUGUGUUAAAUACUCCAGUGCCAUUUAUUGUUUGCUUAUCUUAUUAACCGACUUCCUAAUACAUCUGUUGAAAUUUAUUGGGAACUGUGCUCAUUUAAAUUGUUGUAAUAGAUUAUCAUAAACCGAAGGCGGCCUUAGCUUAUGAACAUAUCAAUUAUGGGUUUCCCUGAUUGACUUAGCAAAUGUUACAGCUAGACAUUGUAAUUUUGCAUCAUAAUACUCUGAUAUGCGCAUAAAUCAUACUUACUGGUUUAGAUCAUCGCUAGUAUCCACAUAAGACUGUUCACGUCUUUACUUUGGGUGUCAUAAUAAGCUAAGUAAGAAUAAUUCCCGGAAAUAUAUAGGAAUGCAGCUAUUUAUACAAGCCAGGUAUUAUACAAAGUAAGAGGAAUAACGCGCAAUCUAUGUAUGUUAAAUAGUACAUAUAAUAUAGUAUUAGUACCCCAAGUACACCUGAUUGCUUUAUUAGGUCUGAUUAGGGUCGUUAAGGUCGUCAAUCAAGUUUAAAAUAUGAUUGGUCUAAAUUAAAUGUAUCUUUAAUAUAUUUUGAUUGAGGUUUACAUCAAUACAGACUUGUAACGUUAACCUUCGAGAAUAAAUAACUAGACUAGAAGACAGAUAACCUAACGUUAAAGCAAUCGAGAUGUCUUUUUUGUUUAUAUACUUAUAGUAAUAUAGUAACUACAUAAAUAAUUUGUGAUAUUCAUUUAAUUUGUGGCCUAAUUAAUGUAUUUGCGAAGUGUUUAAAGUGAGUACGUAAACUGUUUUAAAUAUUUUAUAUGUAUCUACCAACCAAUAUUUUACAAUUUACUAAUGUAUCACAAUUACUCAUUUCUAAGCAGUUUAAAACUCGAUAAAGGUUGUAUUAUUAUUGUUACCUGUUGAUACAACAAGUGUAGCUGUGUUCAUGUCGUUACGGUAUUUAUUUUAGUUAUCUCUUACGUUACCCUUAAUUACAAUUACAAAAAUAUGUUAUAUCUUUUAAAAAUUAAGAAAACGUUUAGUGACUGACGUAUGGGAUAUUAUCGAAUUGUAUUCUAUUUUCCGAUUAUUUGGAUAGCAAUCAUAGUUGUCGCCUUAUUUCAACAUAGUAAAACUAGUCUCAUCGACAUGAAUGCAGCUGCUAGAAUACCAGAUUUGGUCUUCCAAAUCCAAUUUAUUAUCUUUUCCUACUUUAAGUUAUAUAUAUUUUUUAUUUUAAUAAACACAUGUGCUGCUAUACUGUAUAUUACCUACUGAUUAUUAUAAAUUCAAUAAGUAUGCAAUUACUUACAAUGUGUCACCAACACAAUCUUGAUGAUCUCACCCUACAUUAUCUUUAAGGGGCAAUUAUUGUGGACAAUAUAUCCGUAUUAAGCAAACUACAGUCUGUUGUGAUGUUCAAAUUCUAAGUAAAACAUUCCUGGAGGAUAAUUAAAUUCAAUUUUUAUAUAAAAUUUGAUCCUAUAAGUACUUUAAGUGACAAUUUGGCACGACUGGUGUUUUCUGCCCUAUAAUUUAUAAAUGAACAAAAUGUGACGAUAUUAUAUUUCUAUUUUAAAUAUAAGUACACUAUGAAAAGAUAUUUUGUAUAAUUGCUUUAGGUUGUAUAGGUUUUUAAAAAUGACUACGUCAAUGAAUGUAGUUUUAUAGUAGUUAUAAUAGCAAUGUAAAAUAAAACAGGUUCUGUCUGGUAUUAAAGUUAAAGAGGACUUUAUUUAUUUUGUUCAGAUUGGACAGGUAUAGGUCUAUAUUUGUUUUCAUACCAUUUCUUACUAUAAGACAUAAACGGCAAUUUUAUCGAAUAAAACCUAUUACUAGCUAA